AGAGCGAGGGAGGGAUCUGCAGAAAGUGCUGGGGAAGGGAAGGAGGUGCGGUAAAAAACUGCUCGAUCUGAGCUCUGGGGAUGCAAACCCAUGAGCUCAUCGUGUUUUCCAGUCACAGAAAAGAAAGUUAAAGGAAAAAAGAAAAGUGUUGAAGUUGUUUUUUGAGAGAGGCGAAAACUCCCGAGGAGCCGAAGGAAGAAAUGGAGCAGCUGGUGAAACUCCUCCUGUGGCAGAUUCUGCUUCAGCAAAGUUCUGUGUGCUCAUAUUCAGUCCCAGCUGAUGCCUCCAACCCCUCCAGCAGUGUGGUGGUGUCGGUGCUGAACAUCAGCGCAGCCCUGGGCUCGCAGGCCGUGCUGCCCUGCAAGAGCCACCGCAUGGUGUGGACCCAGGACCGCCUGAACGACCGGCAGCGCGUGGUGCACUGGGACCUGCUCAGCUCCUACUUUGGGGACGGCAGGAUGGAGAGGCUCUGCGACAUGUACUCGGCUGGGGACCAGCGUGUCUACAGCUCCUACAACCAGGGCAGGAUCCUCAUGCCCGAGAAUGCCUUUGCAGAUGGGAAUUUCUCGCUGGUGAUCAAAGGUGUGGCAGAGAGUGAUGCAGGCACCUAUUCCUGCAACCUUCACCACCACUACUGCCACUUGUACGAGACUGUGAAAGUCCAGCUGGUCAUCGCCAAGAGAGACGAGGAGCCCAGCGAGUACUGGGACGGCGAGAAGCCGGUGCUGGUGGCCCCGGAGGGCAGCACGGUGACGCUGCCGUGCGUGAACCGCCAGCACAUCUGGACGGAGCGGCACAGCGAGGAGGAGCAGCAGGUGGUGCACUGGGACCGGCAGCCCCCGGGCGUGCCCCAGGACCGCGCCGACCGCCUGGUGGAUCUGUACGCGUCCGGCGAGCGCCGCUCCUACGGGCCCCAGUUCCUGAGGCAGAAGAUGAACGUGAGCCGCGGAGCCUUCGGCCUCGGGGACUUCUCGCUGCGCAUCUCGCGCCUGGAGAGCGCCGACGAGGGCACCUACUCGUGCCACCUGCACCACCACUACUGCGGGCUGCACGAGCGCAGGAUCUACCACCUGGCCGUCACCGAGCCGCAGAGGGACAGCAGGGGGGUCAACGUCACGGUGCCUGCCGCAGAUCCCAACGUGGUCAGGGGCCACAAUGUCAUCAAUGUCAUCAUCCCCGAGGGCAGGAUGCACUUCUUCCAGCAGCUGGGCUACGUCCUGGCCACCCUGCUGCUCUUCCUCGUCCUCCUCAUCAUCGUGGCGCUCGUCACCCGCAGGCGCCGGCACAGAGGUUAUGAGUACAACGUGAAGAAAUAUGGAGAGAAGGAUGUGAACCUUAAAGAAUUCACAGUGGACACAACAGAUCUGACCCCACACAAAAGUGAAGACAUCAGGCUGGAUUACAAAAACAACAUCCUGAAGGAGAAGGCUGAGCAAGCCAGAAGCUGCCCAGCAAAGAACAUUGAUUUAGACAAAGAUUUCAGGAAGGAAUAUUGUAAAUGAAGAUGCUCCCAAGCUGCUGGCUGGACCAGAAGCUUCCAUCCAAGAUAGAUAAUGUGGAAAAGAGAUGGAUUUUCUUAUUUCCAUCUCCCUCCAGCUCCCACAGAAUUUUUUCCACAUCCACUUUUUUCUUUUUUCUCCCCCACACAAGGGUGCAAAUGCUUCAUGGAAGAGUUAAACUGUCUUGUGUGCAUUUAUGGGGUUGGGUUGCCUUUUCUCCUUCCUCUGCUCUCCCAACCCUCCCUCCUUCUUCCCCUUUUCUCUCUUGACAAUUAUUGUUGGAUUUUAUGCAUCAAUGAUUUUUAUGAGCUGAAUCAGCAGAGGUUUUGCUUUGAUGUUUCAAUGGCACAAGUCCUACAGCAUUUCCAUACUGUAGGAAAUUCCAUUUAUAAGAAUCACUACAUCACCAUACUGUGUUACAUGUUUUUUAAACCCUAAAAACAUUUCAAUCUCGCUUAUAGUUUCUAUAUUCUCCAAAUCUUUUGCCAGGCAAUCACAUUUAUAAGGCUUUCCUGUUUCAUCUUCCCCAACAUCUACCCUGUCCUGAUGAACAACUAAAAUAUUUGACACUAAUCUCUAAAAUAUUAGACACUGUCUCACUCAUAAUUCUUUGCACACAUUGAAUUAUACAGGGUACUGCUACUAAAAACUCCAAUUAUUACUAUCAGAAUAAUCAAGCCUAUUUUACAGAGUUCCUAAGGUGCAAAAGCUCCAGCCCUCAAACAAAAUUUUACCCUUAAAUCCCCAAGUUUUGCCCCUAAACCCCUCAAAAAUUGAACUAAAAAAAAAAUCAAAAUUUCUAAUUAAAACCCCCAAAUUUCGCCCCCAGAACGCUGAAAUUUUGGUUCAAAAUCCCCAAAAUUUGAUUGGAAAAAAAAUCAAAAUUUUCACCUUCCAGGGUGAAAAUUAUCAAAAUAUUUUUGUGAGUUUUCUACUUUUGGGAUUAAUGCUGGUGAGUUUUCAGGGUUUAGUGUCUCAUUUUGGGUCGAGAAAUCUGUCCCAAACACUGGGGAGGACUCUGGAGCUGUUUGGGAACAGUUCUUUUUCUAAAUUCUUUUGUGUUGGGAUCAGAGGGUUGGCAUUUGCUGGGGCAAAAUAAUUCUCUGCCUGUCCUGUAUUUAUUAAAGCAGCUGUUAUAUUCCAGGCUCCCUGCGAAAAACGCCAAUCACUUGUUUUUAAAAUUUUCAAAGUUUAAUGGUAAUAAAAUGGUUAUAAAAAUAACCAUUUAAUUACUAUUAUAUUGUACAAUUAGAGUAAUAAUAUUAUACAAUAUUGUAUUAUACAAUAUACAAUAAGAUUGUAUAUUGUAUAAUACUCUGUUAUACAAUUAGAGUAAUAAUAAUUUGGACAAUUUGAAUUAGGACAACAUGAGACAACAGAGACAAAGAGUUACGGACAUCCAGGUACUAUAAAAGGUACCCGAAAAAGGACCCACGUUAACAGAGGAUUAACCCUUAAAAACAAUAACCUGUUGUAUAUUCAUACACCUCAUACAUGGUGCAUAAAUUCCAUUCAAACACAUUAUUCUGUGUUUGAACGGAAUUUAUCUGUCUGUCCUGUAUUUAUUAAAGCAGCUGCCACAUU